AUGGAUAGCCUCGCUGAGGAAGUCGAUCAGAUGGAUGUGGAUCUCAUGACAGCCAGGCUCUUGUCCCAGUGGGACUUGAGGGGUUUGGGAGAGCCACAGCAGGCCUCGCUGAGAUGCACACCCUCAUCCCCUGACUCUUCACCCUACUCCAGCCGCUCCUCCCCGGAGCCUCAGGCCGAGGGCGAGCAGAGUUUCGCGAGCUUUUCAUAUGACAGCCCACACGACAGGAGAGCCAAGAACGGCCAGCGAAAACUGAGCAAGGCGAAGAUGUCAAGCAAGAGGCGCAUGAAGGCGAGCGAGAGGGAGAAGCUGCGGAUGAGGAGUUUGGCGGAAGCUCUGCACCAGCUGAGGGAUUACCUGCCCCCGGUUUACAGCCGCAAGGGGCAACCACUGACCAAGAUCCAGACACUAAAGUACACGAUCGAAUAUAUAAAGGAGCUGUCGGACAUUCUGAGCCAAAAAUAACGAUCCUAACCUCCAAUCAUGAACACUGCUAGCUGCCGUUUGUACAUAUUUUGAACCUAUUACCUGGCCUGUUGUUGUGCCAUAAUUCUAAUGUAUAAUUAGUUUUUCUGGCACUUGUUGCUGUGUCAUUUUAAUUUCACUUAUUUACGUAUGCGUGUGUUCAGUCGCCAAACAUUUCAAGAAUGAGAAUUUAGAAUAAACCGUUGGUUACUUUUACUACAUGGUGUGCUUUUUAACUCAUCGAGCCGUUCAGUUUAAGUUAGCGGUACAUCGAAAUGUGGAGACAACAGCCUGGGCAUUUGCAUUAUUUGGGUGGGCAACAACACAAUGUUGUUUUUCCUAAAUAGGGUAUGUAAACAAUGACAUUGGGGGUAGGGGCAAAAGGGGGGUCCAGGCCCA